GAGGGAUGAAACAAACUUGAAGAAACCGAGCGGCGCAGGGUAGGCCGUGCUGAGAAGUAUAAAAAGACAUGCGGACCCCACUAGCUCAUCACACACAUCCACUCGAAUCCUGCGUCAACACAGCUCUUCAAGGCGUCCUCUAUUUCUCCAGGCAUUUAGAGUCCAAGAGCGUACGUGGAUUAGGAGGUGAAAGAAAACUCCCCAAAGAUGUCUACGGUACUAGGUCAGCAACCUUCAAUUUGGUGCGAUAUCGAAGCUGUUGCCGAAGAUAGACAAAACUGCCAAAUGGAAUCAGACAGCAGUAAAAUUCACGCCAUCAUGCUGGCCGCCGAAAAGCGUGAAACUAGAAACAGAGACAGUGGGUGCGACUUGAGUUCCACGGGCACCGAUUCACCCUCAAGUUACCGGUGGAUUAAAGAUGACAAUUCCACUGGAUCCUAUUCCUGUUCCAGCUGCGAAGCCACUGUCGAUCAAACUUCCGUAGUUUACCAACAGCUGGCUGAAACGUUGGCUCAAGCUCGACUCAACAAUUCCGAUUCAAAAGACCCGUUAGCUAUACCUUCCACUUCAAUGGUCGUCAGCGAAUCGUUGAUUGCUCUGAAUCCAAUCAUGCCAGCUGACUCGAAAGAAGAAGACAAUAUGGCAAUGGAAAAUCCCGACGAAAAUAAAGACAACGAUAGGCUGUCCAAUGUCUCACAGAUCAUUACGUUCCCAGAUCCUUCAUUUAAAAUGGAACCCGCAAGUCGCAAAAGUCGUGGAAGGCUUUUCCCUCAAGUGUUGGCUUCGCUGGCCCUGGCCAUAGCAGCUUUGAUCGAGGGGUACUCAUCUGGCUAUACUUCUCCUGCCCUAGCUUCUAUGACACAACCCAACAGUUCUAUUCCCGUAAACGACCAAGAGGCGUCAUGGAUCGGGAGCUUAAUGCCGCUUAACGCUCUAAUCGGUGGCAUUGUCGGUGGAAGUAUUGUCGAGCAUUUUGGCCGGAAGACGACCAUCAUGGCUACCGGGCCACCAUACAUUUUGUCUUGGUUACUCAUCACGUUUGCUACAAACCUGCCCAUGGUCUACGCCGGACGUUCAAUCCAGGGAUUUUGCGUGGGCCUUACUACCUUGACGCUGCCCAUCUACUUGGGUGAAACUAUUCAACCGGAGGUCAGAGGAUCGCUGGGCCUGUUGCCCACCACGAUAGGCAACAUAGGCAUCUUGUUUUGCUACAUUCUGGGCUCCUACAUCGACUGGAAAGUAUUGGCGGCCAUCGGAGCAGCUCUUCCUCUACCCUUUUUAGCUUUCAUGUGGUUCAUUCCGGAAACACCACGUUGGUACAUCUCUAAAGGCCGUUAUACCGAAGCUCGCGAAUCUCUACAGUGGCUCCGUGGGGGCAAAACUAACGUUCAAGACGAGUUUCUCGAAAUUGAAAACAAUUACAAGAAUCAGAGCGUCGGUGGUGGAGCCAGAGAACUUUUGAAAAUUGCCUACCUACGGCCCCUACUCAUUUCACUCGGACUCAUGUUCUUUCAGCAACUUUCUGGCAUCAACGCGGUCAUCUUUUACACCGUGUCUAUUUUUGAAAAAUCUGGCGGAAGUGUAGAUAGCAACCUCUCUUCCAUCAUUAUUGGGUUGGCUAACUUUAUGGCUACACUGGGCUCAAAUAUGGUCAUCGACCGAGUAGGCCGUAAAGUUUUACUCAACAUAUCCGGAUUCUUUAUGGCAAUCAGCCUCGGCGCAUUGGGAGUCUUCUUCAUUCUGCAACACCUUGAACAUGAUCUCGAACACGUCGGUUGGCUUCCACUGACUACAUUCAUAGUCUACAUCGUCGCCUUUUCCAUCGGUUAUGGACCUAUCCCUUGGCUUAUGAUGGGAGAAAUUUUCCCAAGCAAGGUUCGUGGUCACGCUGCAUCUGUAGCUACAGCUUUCAACUGGGCUUGCAGCUUCGCAGUAACUAAAUUCUUCAACGACCUGAUAGCGACGAUCGGCGCCCAUGGAGCGUUCUGGUUUUUUGGUUUCUUCUGCUUUAUCAGCAUCUUUUUCGUUAUCUUCUUCGUACCAGAGACCAAGGGACACAGUUUGGAGAGUAUCGAGAAAAGUAUGCUUGAAAAGAAACCGAAAAAAGAUAUCGAAUCUACUAGGCUGUAAAGGCGACCAAUUAUUUUUCAACGUUGGACGUCUUAACAGUGCGGACAAUGUUUUUGUACAUAAGACUAUUCCUUUCUUUAAUCAAAUGAUGUCUUCAAUUCCUCAAAUCUCUGAAUGAUCUGUUCUGUUCUACCUUAUUUCUUCCCAGGAAAGUUUAAAGAUAGCCUUAUAAUUAGGAAUAGAACAAUUAGGAUUCGUUAUUUAUAAAUACGACUGUUUCUCCUAAUACCCAGCAGACUACGAAUCUUUUCUAAUUGUUUUAUCUUCCAAAAUAUUUAUGUACAUUACUACAUCAGGCAGGGUACAGAACAUUGUAAAAUGGUAAACUUCUCAUCAACCCCCAUAACUACAACCUUGCCGACACCCCACCCCUUUAGUAUUUAGUUGAAAAUGUGAAAACCAGAUAAUUUCUGAAUAUUUUGUGAAAUGUAAAUAUACCAGAACCACAAAUAAAUUUUAAACAUUUUCCUUUAAAAUAGUUCUUGUCUCUAACCCUUCUUAACAAACAUAUUGAAAUUGGGACUUACCCAUAACUUGAACUCUGCAAAUGGCACAAAUUUCACACUCAACGUCCCAGCUCCACAUAGCAACUGCAUUCCACCGUUUCAAUGAGAACAUCUUUUCAGUUUUGACUACACAGUCAUUACCAACUGUGGUUUUUUCCACUGAUUUCUCCAUAUCAAUAUCAUCUGCCAUUUUCUG